AUGUGUGAAUCGGACUCUGGAGAAAGUACCUCCUCGCUAUCCUCAUUCUUAUCCCGCUCAUCGUCUUCUUCCUCGCGAUUGAGCGAGUUUGUGGAUGCCAAGACGGAACUGCAGGAUAUAUACCAUGACAUGGGCACUUACAUAUCGGGAUUUCUAACCAUUAUGGAGCAGAAUGAUCUCUUGAAGGACAGUCAAAUACUGGAGCAACUUCGUAUAUUUGGGGACAAAGUGGAGGCCAUCCAAAAGGUUCUCUCGCGGAAUCGAAUGAAGGUGGCAUUUUUUGGUCGCACUUCAAAUGGAAAGAGUGCCGUGAUUAAUGCCUUGCUGCACGAGAAAAUCCUGCCCAGCGCCAUGGGUCACACCACCAGUUGUUUUUGUCAGGUGCAGGCCAAUGGUUCAGAUGAAGUGGAACAUGUGAAGAUCGAAGAGGAGGAGCAGCAUUUGGAGCUGAGUGCUCUGAAUGAACUGGCCAGUGCGCAUUCGCCAAGGGCACUGAAACCCAGGACUCUGUUGCACGUCAACAUGCCCAGGAGUCGCUGCUCCCUCUUGGAUUACGAUGUGGUUUUGAUGGACACACCCGGUGUGGAUGUUACAGCUCAAUUGGACGACUGCCUGGAUAGCUAUUGCAUGGAUGCGGAUGUUUUCAUCCUAGUGCUCAACGCCGAGUCCACAGUUUCCCGCGUGGAACGGCAAUUCUUCAAGGAGGUGGCCUCGAAACUCUCGCGUCCAAAUCUCUUUAUACUCAACAAUCGAUGGGAUGUGGCCAGCAGUCAGGAACCGGGAAUGGAGCAGCAGGUUAAGGAUCAGCAUGUGGAACGCUGCCUUAAGCUUUUGAUAGACGAAUUAGGGGUUUAUUCCAAUGAGGAGCAAGCCAAGAAAAGGAUAUAUCAUGUCUCAGCUUUGGAGGCUUUAAAACUAAGAAACGGUUGCAAUAAGAAUCCCACGCCCCAAACACAGGAGCGAUAUCUGGAGUUCCAGCGAUUUGAAAAUGAUUUCCUAAAUUGCCUAGCCGAUUCCGCUUUAAAGACCAAGUUUGGGCAACAUUUGCUGAGUGCCCAGGAGAUUUUGACCCAGUUGGAAGCAUCUUUAAUAAGUCCUCUUAUAGCCAAAGUCAGUCAAUUGAUGAAGGAAAACGGGGAGAGAAGAACAGACUUAUACGUCGAGAUGGACGAUCGAGAAAGACAAAUAGAAGCCCAAAACGAAGCGCUUGCCAUUCGAUCUCAAGAGCUGUGUGGACUGACUGUAGGUGUGGGCCAGUGGGUUUUAAAAGAGCAGAUCACCAGAAUUAUACCCUCGGCUGUGCAAUCCUUUUCGCACCCGUUUCACCCACAAGUACCAAGGCAACUUGCCCACUACCAGCGGGCUUUGAGUGCCCAUUUGGAUGUCCUACUCAAAGAUCAAGUAUUGGAACAUCUCUCAUUACUCCUGCAAUUAAGACUUUGCCAAUUGGAGAACGAAUUCCAGGGUCAACCCUGCGAAGAAACCCUAAGUUGGCAACUCAUCUACGGCGUGGACUGUCAGUCUCUUAUGGGUGCCUUUCAGCCAGAUCUAAGGUUUCGGUUUUCCUGGGGCAUGGCAGCCCUUUGGCAUCGCCUCCGGGAAAAACUAUUACUGCCCAGCAAUCCCUUCCAGAAUCGAAAGUUACUCAAUGGGCACAAAGAGACGCCGCCUGCGGCUCCUUUAAUUCACCAAAAUCAUUUGCAGAUGAUUGCAUCUUUGGUAAAGUCCGAAGGUAGCAUUGGAACCCUUUUGCUGAGUGGCCUGGCUGUUCGUUCGGUUAGCUGGCUAACAGUCUUGGUCCUCGGAAGCCUCGUGGGAUCCAUGUACCUGUACGAGCUGCUCAGUUGGACGCCAGCCGCUCAAGAGCGAAGCUUCAAGAACCAGUACUCCAGGCACUUGCGGCAACAACUGCGGGCGGGAGCGGAGCAAACUGUCAGCGGUUUUGAGCUGCAGAUGCGACAGCAGCUGGCAAAAGUCCAAAACUGGUGGAUAGCCGAAACUGUGGAAAUUAGGAAUGACCUGAACACGCGAACCUCGGAGCUGACCAAACAAAUAAAAGCGAUGGAGGAGCUGCAGCUGAACUUGAAGAAGUAUCGGGACAAGGGAAGUGUACUGGCUUUACGACUGGGAGAAUUUCAAGAGCUCUAUUUAGGCAGCAGAUGUUGA